GACCGACAGUGUUUAGCGACUUGUCACGUAUUUCCCAGUUCCUACAGUUGUGGCCUUUGGAGAUAGGGAAGUCAGUGUAAACUUCAGCAAUCUGUUUUAGAGUAAAUUAUACGAGUUUCAAUCAUCAAUUCAUCGUUCAGGAUGAGCGCGCAGCAGAUGCUGAAAGUGUUCGUCACCAGACGUAUUCCGCCAGAGGGCAUGAAAACACUCCAGAAAGCCGCCGGCAUGUGUAAUUUAUCAGUGUGGGACUCUGAUGAGCCUGUGCCCCGGGCAGAGCUGCUGAAGGGGGUGGCAGGUGCUCAUGGGCUUCUCUGUUUACUCUCGGACAAAAUCGAUACUGAGGUCCUGGAUGCGGCUGGACCCAACUUGAAAGUGAUCAGCACUCUCUCGGUGGGAUUUGACCAUCUUGCCAUAGAUGAAAUAAAGAAAAGAGGGAUAAGAGUAGGUUACACUCCUGACGUUUUGACAGAUGCUACUGCUGAGCUGACCGUAGCUUUGCUCUUGGCCACUGCACGACGUCUCCCCGAAGGUGUAGAGGAAGUCAAAAAUGGUGGCUGGAGCACAUGGAAGCCUCUGUGGUUAUGUGGCUAUGGGCUGUCUGGCAGCACUGUAGGGGUGAUUGGAUUGGGACGUAUAGGUCUGGCGAUUGCAAGGCGACUGAAACCAUUUGGAGUUAAAAGGUUGCUGUACACAGGCAGACAACCCAAACCUCAAGCCCAAGAGGUUGAGGGAGAAUAUGUGCCAUUAGACACUUUGGUGAGUGAGAGUGAUUUUGUGGUUGUGUCCUGCUCUUUGACUCCUGAAACUCAGGGCCUUUGUGACCAAACCUUCUUCAGCAAGAUGAAGAAAACGGCAAUCUUUAUCAACACCAGCAGAGGGGCAGUUGUGAAUCAAGAGGACUUGUUUAAGGCCCUCGAGAGUGGACAGAUUGCAGCAGCAGGCCUUGAUGUCACAACUCCCGAACCCUUGCCCACUGACCACCCACUGCUGACCCUUAAAAACUGUGUGGUUCUUCCUCAUAUUGGUAGUGCCACCUACUCCACACGUGGUGUGAUGGCUGAACUGUCUGCAAACAACUUGCUGGCAGGCCUCAGGGGUUCUGAAAUGCCCAGUGAGAUUAAGUUGUAGUGUUCUGAAUUGUGCCUUAUCCAAAAUCUGAAGUUAAAAUAUCAGUGAAAGAUACAUUGUAUUAACAAAUUAGAUUUUCGAGGGCAGGAAAUACUGGAAUUUUCACUUAAUUUCUAGCAAAACAUGAUCAUGAUUUACUCUGUUGCGACAAAACUGCAUUGUACACGCCAAGUUGCUUUUCUUUAUAUUAUGUGAAUGGCUAAAUACACUAAUGGGAAAAAGUAUUCUGUGUGUAACAACAGAUUUAUUGAAAGAUGGUAUUUUGGCAUCUCAUGGAUGAGCACAUUUUGUUUAACAGAUGGUUAAGCUGCAUUUUUUAAACAAAACAAAAGGAAUACAAUGUGAACGUCAUUAAAUGUAUUUAAUAUGAAAAGCAAAAUGUAAUAACUUUCACUCUCAAUACAUUUCAAGAGAAUUGUAGAUUUAGGUUUUAAAAUGGGUACGGGUGAUACUUCCAUUUUACAGUGUUACAAAGGUAAAUGUUGAUCUCUGCUAUCUGAGUGCAAGUAUACAAGUUUACCUGUCAAGAUGUCAUUGCCAUCUUAAUGUAACUGAGGAUGACAACACAUAUAAUGGGCUUAAGUGAUAAAAGAUUUAUUGCUUACACUCUGGUUAACAACUCUUGUUUUCCAUAUAUGUAAAUGGCUAAGAGAAAAACUAAAUACGUUCAGUUGCAUCCAGUAAAAAAUAAAAUAAAUAAAAUAAUCAUGGUUGACAGGUGACAAGAUCUCAUCAGGCCUCUUCAGAUAUCAUCCGGUGUGGCAAGUGGCUCUAUGCAGCAACAUCCAGGUACCGCAUGUUCAUCUGUACAGGGAAUGUUUCUGUCCAUAGACUAGUGAUAUUU